AAAGUUGAAGAAGGGAAAAAAUAGAAAACCAGACUCCUUCACCUUUUCGUUAUUUACAAAGUCGCCCUAAGUCAAAGCCCCAGUCCUCAAUGGACUUUUCAACCGCAGAGAGCGGCGGCGCGUCUCUCCCGUCAAGUGGAACCGAUGCCCAGAAGCGGCGCGUGUCGUAUUUCUACGAGCCUACAAUCGGAGACUACUACUACGGACAAGGUCAUCCCAUGAAACCUCACCGUAUCCGUAUGGCCCACAACCUUGUGGUCCAUUACUCCCUCCAUCGCCGUAUGGAGAUCAGUCGCCCUUUUCCUGCAGAUGCUUCGGACAUUCGCCGCUUUCACUCUACGGACUACGUCGACUUUCUAGCUUCUGUCAGUCCCGAGUCACUCCAUGACCAUACACACGCUCGCCAUCUCAAGCGCUUCAAUGUCGGGGAAGACUGCCCGGUCUUCGACGGGAUUUUCAAGUUCUGCCAAGCUUCAGCCGGUGGUUCCAUCGGCGCCGCCGUGAAGCUUAACAGACAGGACGCCGAUAUAGCCAUCAACUGGGCGGGUGGCUUGCACCAUGCCAAGAAGAGUGAGGCCUCCGGCUUCUGCUACGUUAACGACAUUGUUUUAGGCAUUCUUGAGCUUCUCAAGUACCACAGGCGCGUACUAUACAUAGAUAUUGAUAUCCACCAUGGAGAUGGCGUUGAAGAGGCAUUUUUCACGACAGACAGGGUAAUGACAGUCUCUUUCCAUAAAUUUGGGGACUUCUUUCCGGGCACUGGGCACAUCAAAGACAUCGGUGUGGGUCACGGGAAAUACUAUGCUGUUAAUGCCCCAUUGAAUGAUGGAAUGGAUGACGAUAGCUUCCGUAGUUUGUUCCGUCCUAUAAUCCAAAAAGUUAUGGAGGUCUAUCAACCGGAUGCUGUUGUUCUUCAGUGUGGAGCAGAUUCGUUGGCGGGUGACAGGUUGGGGUGCUUCAACUUGUCUGUGAAAGGUCAUGCCGACUGUCUCCGAUUCCUUAGAUCCUUUAACGUUCCUCUAAUGGUUUUGGGUGGUGGAGGGUAUACUAUCCGGAAUGUUGCCCGCUGUUGGUGCUAUGAGACAGCAGUAGCGGUGGGGGUUGAGCCUGAUAAUAAACUGCCGUAUAAUGAAUACUACGAAUAUUUUGGUCCCGAUUAUACACUUCAUGUUGAACCAAACCCUAUGGAGAAUCAGAAUUCACCACGAGAUUUGGAGAAGAUCAGGAACAUGCUGCUCGAACAAAUAUCUGAAUUGCCACAUGCACCUAGCGUACCAUUCCAGACGACACCUUCCACAAUUGGCGUACCCGAAGAGAGAGAAGAAGACAUGGAUCAAAGGCCUAACCCUCGCAUAUGGAAUGGAAAUGAUUGUUCAUCUGAAGGGGAGGAAGAUGAAAAGCCUCGCCUGCGAAGGAGUUCUGAUUCAAAUGCCACUCCCAAUGAAAACUCUAACUUGAGAGACUUCUUUGGCGAUAAAGAUAUGAUUGAUGCUGAUAGUUAGAGGGCCGCUGACAAUUGUGUGGUAGCUGAAAAAACGUUGCCAGCUGACCAUCAAGUUUGAGAAACGACAAAUAGCAGUAAUUAUUUAAGUAAAUAGGUAAAAAUGUGACCCUUGGCUGGCUCACAGAUUUAAAUAGUGUCGCUGUAAUGUUAACGUUUUCAUUUGAGUACGUUAGAAAAGUUUAUCGUAGUUUUUUUGCUAUGCAUUCAUACUGCCAUGUUCGGACUGGUAAAAUUUGUGUAACGAAAUUGCUGAGAAAAUGUGGCUCGAAUUGGACUGAACUGAAAACGAAUUUAUACACAUAUUUUUUCUUUAAGAUGUACUCCGUACUUCAUAUGUAGUUUUCAUGCAGUCCAUAUUUUUUUAAAGUAAUGAAAAAUGUAUUUCAAAUAUGGAUAUUUUAUAUUUGGGGUAAUUUGAGUUUCACCUCAUUUUAUUGUCCAAAUUGGACUUUGCACCCUGUUUUUAAAAGUCUUUGUUUUUGCACCCCCAACCCCAUAUGAAAAGACAAAAAUGUCCUUCAUCAGGAAUAUGUUGAAGGCCAACAAAAUGGUUAAUGAAGAGGAAAAAAACAAUUUUUCUCCCUAAAAACGGGGUACAAAAACAAUGUUUUUUUAAAACGGGGCGCAAAGUCCAAUUUGCACAAUUAAAUGGGGUGCAAACUCAAAUUACCCCAAAUAUAAACUAUCCAUGUUUGAAAUACAUUUUUCAUUACUUUAAAAAAAUAUGGACUGCAUGAAAACUACAUAUGAAGUACGGAGUACAUCUUAAAGAAAAAAUAUGUGUAUACAUUCGUUUUCAGUUCAGUCCAAUUAAAGACAAUGUAAAAUUCCAAAUUGGAGUAGUAUGUUUUUUCAAAAAUAGGAGUAUGUUACUGCUAUCUUGAAAAUUUACUAUCAUAUUUUAGGAUUAUAAGGCCUUAAAUAUUGUUGUAUACCACCGUAAUUAAUACGGAGUAGUAUUUGUAAUUUUGUAUCUUUCAAGUUUCAAGCUUGCUGUAAUUCCUUUUCCUGUUGGC